CAAACCCUUAAAAAAAGGUCAUAAACUCUCGCAGACCAAUAUUUAGAAAGAACUAACGUAUCACCAUUGAUCAUGUCUUCAUCAGCAGGAAAACCCAUUGUUUGUAAAGCUGCGGUGGCAAGAGAAGCAGGAAAAGCAUUGGUAAUAGAAGAAGUAAGAGUAGCAGCACCAAAAGCUAAUGAAGUUAGGAUUAAAAUCGUGUGUACUUCUCUUUGUCACAGUGAUAUUACCUUAUGGAGUUUAAAAGAUCCUCCUGGUUAUUUUCCAAGAAUUUUGGGUCAUGAAGCUGUCGGGAUUGUGGAGAGUGUUGGGGAGGAUGUCAAAGAAUUUAGCGAAGGAGAUUUCGUAAUGCCAUUUUUUUUGGCGAAUUGUGGAGAAUGUUAUGAUUGUAAAUCGAAGAAGAGCAAUCUAUGUUUAGAACUGCCUUUUAAGCUUUCAUAUUUGAUGCCAAGAGACGAGACUAGCAGAUUUACAGAUACAAAAGGAAAUAUUUUAUACCAUACUUUACAUGUUUCGAGUUUCACUCAGUAUACGGUUGUGGAUGUUGCACAUGUUACCAAGAUCGACCCGACAAUACCGCCUAAUAGGGCAUGCCUUCUCAGUUGCGGAGUCUCUACAGGCGUUGGUGCUGCUUGGAAAACAGCGCAAGUUGAUGAAGGAUCUACAGUUGCUAUAUUUGGCCUAGGUGCAAUCGGAUUAGCGGUUGCAGAAGGAGCAAGGCUUUGUGGAGCAGCCAGAAUCAUUGGUGUAGAUGUAAAUCCUGCUAAAUUUGAAAUAGGAAAGAAGUUUGGAGUUACAGAGUUCGUCAACCCUAGGGACAAUACAACUAAAUCUAUCAGCCAGGUUAUUAAUGAGAUGACUGAUGGAGGUGCAGACUACUGCUUUGAGUGCGUGGGCAUGAAUACAUUAGUGGAAGAAGCUUUCGCUUGUUGCAGAAAGGGUUGGGGAAAGACUGUUGUUCUAGGAGUCGAUAAGCCGAAUUCAAAGUUGAGCCUAAGCUCUCAUGAUGUUUUACAUAAUGGGAAAAUCCUCACUGGAUCUCUAUUUGGAGGUCUCAAAGCCAAAUCUGAUAUCUCCACUCUGGUUAAUUGGUACUUAGACAAGAAACUGAGGCUCGAUGAGUUUGUAACGCACGAAAUGAAGUUUGAGGAAAUCAACAAGGCCUUCGACUUGCUUCUUGAAGGAAAGUGCCUUCGAUGUGUUAUAUGGAUGGAUAACUGAAGAAUAUGUUGCCUUCUUAUAUGAUAUGAAAGCUUUUGCAUCUGAGUUUACUAAAAGUUCAUUCAAUCUUUUACACUGAUUAUUUUAAAACAAGGAGAAGAUAUACUUUGUGUUCUGGAUGUUGUACCCAAAGAUGACAUGGGUAGAGAAAGUAUUAAUCGAGUUUAUUGUAAUUAAUACUUCAUCAUUCUAAUAAAUUUGCUACUUAUAGUGAGGUGUUUACUCACAUCA